AUGACGACGAACGCCGUCGCCGCGACGCCACCCCGGGGCGCGCGCGCGGUGCGUUCGAUGCGGGACGUGAACGCGGACGGAUGCGCGGUCGAUCGCGCGCUGGCGAGCGCGCGCGCGCGCAUCGCGGCGUGCGAGCGGGCGCAGCGCGCGCUGGCGCAGGCGUGCGGAGACGCCGUGCGAGCGGUGCUCGAGGACGGGUCGGGGGGGGACGGGAACGUCGCGAGGGAGGGGGUGGAGACGGCGCGCGCGCGGGCGGAGGGGAUCGUGAAGGAACGCGGCGUGGCGUUGAUGCGUUUAGCGGAUGAGCGGGUGCGGUUGGCGCAGUGCGCGUACGAUUUGGUGGAUGAACACAUCACGCGCUUGGACAAAGAUUUGGCGACGUUUGAAAAGGACGCGGCGACGCCGGUGGGUAGGGGACGAAACGACUAUUUUACGAACGGUGAGGGAUCGGGGGCGAUGCGGCACGAUGGGUUCGGCGAUGGCUUCGCCAACGGCUCGUACGAGGACUCGCCGAGCGUGGCGAAUCCGAACGAGCCAAAGUAUUGCGUGUGCAGGCAGGUCUCGUACGGAGAGAUGAUCGGGUGCGACCGAGACGAUUGCCCCAUCGAGUGGUACCACGUCGGGUGCGUCGGUUUGACCACGAUUCCCAAGGGUAAAUGGGUGUGCGCGCAGUGUAAGCGACGAGGCGCCACGAAUGAGUAG